GAACCUCGACUUGGCAGAAAUAAACGAAAGAAGACAGAAGACAACACAGAGACAACUGAAUUUAAGUCUCUUAAUUAGUCUGGAACCAAGUAAACUCUGACACGAUUUAUCCAGCGACCAAUCUCUGCUCCAGCACUGAACGUGAAAAGUCGGUUGAUCUCAAAGUCGAUUAAGCAGGAUUUAAAACAGUCCGAGGAGGGCAGCAAGCUAUUCAGAGCACGCUGCGGUCGCAUUUGAGAGACAUAUUUGUCUAUAUAUUUACUACAAAAAAGAGGAGCAGAACAAACUCGACAAGAUGAUGCAGAUUUCAGAAGCCCUCAACCCGAAGAACUCCCUGUUCAACGCCAUGAACCGCUUCCUCGGCGCCGUCAACAACAUGGACCAGACGGUCAUGGUACCCAGCCUACUCCGGGACGUUCCGCUGGACGAGGAGAGGGAGAUGGCAGCUCUAAAAUCUCAGACCAACAACGACCUGGACGACGCAGACAUGUACAGCUACUACCAGCUCCUCAAGUCUAUCCGCCGCGACAUGGAAUGGGGGGUCCGGUGCGCUGGGGAGAGGCGCAAGCAGGAACUCUCACGAAUGGACUCCGAGGGAGAAGAGGUCGAGGAGGAGGAGGAGGCAGACCUGGAGAAGCAGUUUCAGUUCCAUUUGACAGGGCUCCAGGGCGUCCUCUCCAAGUUGACACGACAGGCUGACACCCUCACCAAACGCUACAAGCAGGAGAUCGGUAUUUGAGGCUGGGGUCAAUAACUUUAUUUGAACUGUAGCCUAUUUAGUCUUAAUUUCUGGUGGUGUGUUGCUUCCACUCGAUAAAUGGGAAUGAUUGGACCUGAACAAAAUGAUUUGCCACUGAUGAAAUUCGUUUGAUGGAGGCAUUUUAAAAAUUAAGAGGGCACAGAAAGCUGUCUUUCUCAAUCAAUGUAUUGGUCUACUUUGUUGUAUAUGGUAUAGGCCUAUUGGUGUGUUAACUCCAAUAUCUGGAUGACCUGUAUUGUGGUAGGCCUAUAUUCGGGUUCCAUUUCCUCAGUCGUUUUGCACUCGAUGAUUUUUGAUGGCCCGUGUCCAGCGGUGCACCAUACGUUCAUCUCAAUAUGUUUAUUUAAUGAUGUAUUACAUUUAAUCUCGAGUUAAAUAUUCGAGAGAACUGUUUAUUUAAUUCGAAAUUUCAAGCCUUCAUGCUAAAGCCUACAUACUUGCAUUGGGACAGUCCACUCAGCGACUGACAACAUGGCAGGGGACUUAGCCUGGCUAAUGAUGCCAUUGUGUCCAAUGUAGCCUAAUAUGUAUGGCCAGCAUAGCCUACUGCUUCCUAUUGUAUGUGACAAUGAAUGUGUCUUUUUGUGCAUGAAUUGAAGGAGGCUUGGUAUACGCCACCAAUCCUAUGAUCCCACAUGCUCCACAUGCUCAAUGACAUGGAAACAACUGAUACACUGUUAUAGAGAAAUGAAGUGUUUCCAAGAGAUCAUGUUCUGUUGUAGCUGUUAAUGUUGUUGUUUCAUUACCAUGGUAUUAAUGCAGAUGUUCAUAUCUGCCUAAGAUUUAUUUUUCAUUUACUGCCCUAUUUUGUAUUUAUGACAUGUAAAUAAACUUUAUUUAUAAAUAUAA